GUAAAUAUAAACGCGGCAUUAUAUGUCACGAACCUCCUGAUGCAGGUACAUCUCCGGUUCCUCAACCCGAAAAAGAUAUGCCAUGGUUAGUUAGUAUGUCUUUCUGUCCAUCCGCAUCUUUCUCAAGAUGCAAGUUUUCUUUCCUCUCCAACUACGUUCAUCAUGACGGGGCAGCGCCCCUUUCUUGUUUCUAUUCUUUUUGCGUGCGUAUUGCUGCCUGCAAUUGUGCAGGCAACCUGCUAUAAUCCUGAUGGCAGCAAGAUCACCAAUCCUGCGUUUCAGCCAUGCAACCAGGUCGUUGGAAAAUUUAGUAUGUGUUGCGGCACGAAUUGGACGGGCGGGGUUGUUAUGCCAGACACAUGUCAGGAGAAUGGGCUUUGUUUGAACUCGUUCGAAAAUGCGCCAUUAUACUGGCGCGGAAGCUGCACCGAUCCUACGUGGAAGAGCCCAAAUUGUCUGUCUAAUCUUUGCACAACUGAUGGUGAUGCCGGCGUGGAUGGCAGCGCCGCUGCACAAAACGUUGCGCUGACUGAAUGCAGUGAUGGCUCUUGGUGUUGCGGUGGUGGGAAUGAUAGCUGUUGCAAGGAUGGAACUGGAACCAGGAUCGCGGCCGUUGUAGGACAGGCAAUCUCGUCCUCGCAGUCGACUUCCUCGGAAUCCACCUCACCGCCGUCUUCCACACCCCCAACUACGUUGCCGGAAUCAACGUCCCCGCCAAAAAGCACAUCUACGCCAACAGGAACAUCUCCCACUACAGCAUCCACUCCAGGUCCCACGGAUUCGCCAACUCCGACUAAUGAACCUACGCCGGGAGGCCUUUCAAGUGCCACGAAAAUUGGCCUCGGGGUCGGCAUCACAGGCUGCCUUUUAGCGCUUGGGGUGCUUGUUACCUGCCUAAUGUGCUUGCGGCGAAAAAGGCGAGUUGAUAAGGAUACGGAAGGGAAUGCAAGUAAUGAUGCGCGCUCACGCGCGAGCAUAUUUCCAUGGGCCCGGCAUGAGAUGCCUGCAAGCCCGAAUGAGAAGCCGCUACCGCCUGUCUGGCAUGAGGUUAAUGGGAUGAAAUCUCCGGUUGAGAUGGAUGGGGCACAGCACCCGGUGGAGUUACCAUCGUAAAGGUGGAGUAGAGGCAUGUAGCGAGUUUGCAUUACACUGUAGCAUAGUAUGUUCUAUGGCGUUGUGUAUCUUAAAUUUUAAAUUUUACAAUAAUGAUUUCAUAACAAGUACAAAUAAGG